CCUCUCUUUCUCUUUUUUGCCUCUUUAUGUCACUUAAUUAAUCAUUUAUUUAUUUAUUUAUUUAUUUCACCUUCCUCUAUUCCUUCUACUUAUACUGUGUCAACAAACACAUUAACAAGCACCAAAAGAAAUUCUAGCUCUAUAGGUUCUUCACCACUCUACUCUCAUAUUCACUCACUUACCAAAAUCUAUAUAAGAGUCUUGUUAGUUAUUCCUAUCUUAGUGCAUUUGUCUAAUAAAUUAAGAAAAGGGUCUCUUUUUAAAAAAAAAUGGAUAUGUCAAAUUCACAAUACAAUAGUGAAAGUGAAUCUGGUUGGACUAAUUACUUUAACCAUUCUUCUUUUUCUGAAAAACAUUUUCAUAGGAAAAGUGGGAAAGUGGAAUAUGAAGGAAAAGGAGCAACAAUGGAAGAGGAAGAGGAAGAAGAAGAUUUAUCCAUGGUUUCUGAUGCUUCUUCUGGACCUCCACACUAUCAUGUAGAGGAAGAUUAUCAACAACAACCUUAUUGUGUAAAUUGGCAUUCUUCAUCUUCUAAAGAAUCCAAAAAGAAAGUCAAAGAAUAUGGUAGAAAAAGUCAACAACCUUCACCUCUUGAUGAUACUGCUAGUUCCCCUGUUCUUAAUUAUCCCAAGAUGAAAGUCAAUUUCCCAGGGAAUGGAGCAGUUGAGAACACACUUGAUUUUCCCCCUUCUUUCUCUGCAACAAGAAUAAUAAAGCAGAGAAAGACUAAAUUACAGAAGCAUUCAAGUUUCUUAGAGCGCUCUCUUGGUGGAAAACAAGCUUCAGAGGAACCAGGUGGUUGUAAUGAAGAAGAAAGGAAAUGAAAAUUGUAGCUGUAGCUUUCUUUGCUGCAAAAGCUAAAAUUAAGGGGUAUGAAAGGAUAUGCAAGGUGUUCGAGGACAAAGGUCAAAGGGUUAGCUUCAAAUAAAGAAGGAAUAGCUAUUUUCUCUGUAAUUUUGCUGUUUUUUUAAUAUGAUGCUGUCCCAUUGCCAAAGCAGUUUGGAACAAUGUAAAAAAAGGGUUUCUCAUUGCAAUUUCUUAGUCAAUUAUUUAAUUAAUUAUUACCA